GUGACGUGCGGAGAGAGGGAGAUAGAUGUUAGAGCAUCACCAAUAUUAAGCCCAGCAUGAUGUGAGACGCUUUUCAACUUCUUACCCUAAACAUGUGUGAUGGGUUUUAGAGGUUCUACUUCAGAAAACCUCUCUGCAAUGCAAUGACAUAACGGCUGUUCAACAUUUGCGUGAGAAGAACUGAAGAACGCGCGCUAGAAAGGCACGUAUCAGCACAGCUCCUGUUUUCUAAAGUUUGUGCCCUCUGCUGCUGAUGUGAAAGAUGAGUUUGUGUGGCAGGAAGGCACUGACACUCCUUAGCAGUGUGUUUGCUGUCUGUAGUCUGGGGCUGCUGGGUAUUGCUGUCAGCACUGACUACUGGCUGUACCUGGAGGAGGGGGUCAUCCUGCCUCUCAAUCAGAGCACUGAAAUCCGUAUGUCUCUCCAUUCAGGGCUCUGGAGGGUCUGUUUUCUUGCAGAGACAACAGCUCCAGCAACACUGUUACCAGAUGGUAAAUCAGGAGAGGAGAAUGGGCGCUGCUUUACAAUAGAGUAUGUGAUGCCAAUGAAUGUUCAAUUGACGUCAGAAUCCACAGCCAGUGUUCUGAAAAUGAUUCGUUCUGCUACUCCUUUCCCGCUGGUUAGUCUAUUCUUUAUGUUCAUUGGCUUUGUGCUUAGUAAUAUUGGACACAUCUGCCCUCAACGCACUAUUCUGGCUUUCAUCUCUGGAAUAUUUUUUAUCCUGUCAGGUCUGUCCCUGGUGGUGGGUCUGGUCUUGUAUAUAUCCAGUAUUAAUGAUGAGAUGCUAAACAGAACAAAAACGAAUGAAGCUUAUUUCAGUUAUAAAUAUGGCUGGUCUUUUGCUUUUGCUGCAGUCUCCUUCCUGCUCACUGAGGCAGCAGGCGUAAUGUCUGUGUACCUUUUUAUGAAGCGGUACAAUGCAGAGGAGAUGUACAGGCCACAUCCAGGUUUCUACCAACCUCGCCUCAGCAACUGUUCUGAUUACUCUGGUCAGUUCCUGCAUCCAGAUGCCAGGUCUCGUGGACGCAGCCCCUCAGACAUCUCCAGUGUAGCAUCCCUUCAAAUGAAUUCAAACUACCCUGCGCUCCUCAAGUGUCCUGAUUAUGAUCAGAUGUCCUCAUCGCCCUGUUGAGAUUGCAAAUAAACAAUAGUGAAAUCUGAGAAUGAGAUAGCUCUAGCUAGUUCUUAAAGAUGCUAUUCUGGCAUGGCUUUGGCACCUGAGAUUGUGUUGUGUUUGAACAGAGGAUAAAUGUAUGUCCUUGUCUUCGAGAGCCUUCAGUACUAAUGCAGUGAGUUUAAUACAUAAGUUGAUGGUAUCAUUUUCUCUUUUAUUUGUAGUUUACCACACUGAUGUGUAGCUAAUAGUAUCUCUGCCUUUU